CCUGCGCCACCAACUCCGCGCGAAUUUCGCUUUCGCUUCGGGCCAGCUGGAGGCGGCGGGGCCGUCCCCGGAGCGACCGCGGCCGAGCACCCGCGGAGUUAAUCCGAAAGCGCCGCAAGCCCCCGGGCCCAGCUCCACGUGUCACCGAGAAGCUGAUGUAGAGAGAGACAGAGAGAGAAAGCGAGCUGGACACCGGAGUCCCGGGAAAGUCCUGGCGCGCCUCGGGCCAAUUAUAAAAAUGUGACCCCCGGGUCGGCCUCCCACCGCCGCGCUCCCCUGCUGCGUCCGCAGUCCGCGUCCAGCGCCCGCCCGGGUCCACGCCGCGCCCGCCCAGCAUGUGCCCGCCGCGCGGCCUCCUCCUUGUGACCAUCCUGGUCCUCCUAAGCCACCUGCACCACCUUAUUUGGGCCAGGAGCCUCCCCACAGCCUCACCAAGCCCAGGAAUAUUCCAGUGCCUCAACCACUCCCAAAACCUGCUGAGAGCCGUCAGCAACACGCUUCAGAAGGCCAGACAAACUCUAGAAUUAUAUUCCUGCACUUCUGAAGAGAUUGAUCAUGAAGAUAUCACAAAGGAUAAAACCAGCACAGUGGAGGCCUGUUUACCACUGGAAUUAACCAUGAAUGAGAGUUGCCUGGCUUCCAGAGAGAUCUCUUUGAUAACUAACGGGAGUUGCCUGGCCUCUGGAAAGGCCUCUUUUAUGACGGUCCUGUGCCUUAGCAGCAUCUAUGAGGACUUGAAGAUGUACCAGAUGGAAUUCAAGGCCAUGAACGCAAAGCUUUUAAUGGAUCCCAAGAGGCAGAUCUUUCUGGAUCAAAACAUGCUGACAGCUAUUGAUGAGCUAUUACAGGCCCUGAAUUUCAACAGUGUGACUGUGCCACAGAAAUCCUCCCUUGAAGAGCCGGAUUUUUAUAAAACUAAAAUCAAGCUCUGCAUACUUCUUCAUGCUUUCAGAAUUCGUGCGGUGACCAUCGAUAGAAUGAUGAGCUAUCUGAAUUCUUCCUAAAAAGCUGAGGUCUCUCUCGACUUUAAAGUCAUUCUUUUAAAAAUGUGAACCAAAAGAAUUUUUCCUAAGAUAGGGGUUAAGAACCAGGGAGGGGGUGGCUUGACCUGGUCCUACUUAAGCUAGUACGAUAAUUCUCAUGCUUGUUUACAUUAGUUGCCACUCAAAUUUUGAAAGAUGUGACUGUUAUAUCCACACGAUGCCUUUGACCAAGUAUAUUUCACAUUUACUAUGGAUAAGUUAAGUGUUCGUGAGCAAAUUGCUAAAGAGGAAAAAUGUCCUCACCGAACAUGUUUUUAUUUUCCCUUUAAUAGAAGAGCAAGACUUUAUAAGCUAUUUCUGUACCAAACUGUUUGUAGAAACAAACACUCAAGCAUAAUUUAUUUAAAAAUACUUAUUUAUAUAAUUUUGUGUUCAUGAAAGCAUGUGAAUUAAUUUAUAUUUAUUUAUGUUAUAUUUAUUAAAG